AGCACGGAUUGGUUUGUCAUUGACCAACCAAAUUACUAACUCUACAAAAUACAGGAAUCGCAUGUCAACGUUGUUGUAUUUUUUUAGAACUGUAAUGAUUUCAGUAUGAUUGUAGUAUAACUAUAAUCCUUGUUACAUAACCGAGACAGAUUUGCCUGCUAAAUGCAACGUUAGCUUGGAAUAAAUCCUAUAAAUAAUGUGAUUUUUUUGUUGUUGUUGUAACUAGCUAAUGUUAUACGCAAAUAUUUAUGCAUUUUCAACAGGCUUCCGUUCUUUUAUGUGAACAUUUAACUCGCUAGCUAAGCUAACUAGCUAGUCAACUAUCCAGCUAGCUAGUUAUCUAAUGUACCUGUGCCUUGUCUCAAGCUAGCUAACGUUAGCUGUGUAGCUAGCAACAGUAAAGCUAGCGAACAACAAAGAAAACAAAGCACACACUUCAAGAUGUCCUUCAACAAAUCUAACGUUAUAGCUAGCAUUUGUAUUCAUUUGCUGCAUGAUGUACCAUUGUAGUCCAUUUUGUUAAUUUCAAGAAAUAUUGUCCAAAUCAAAUUUUAUUGGUCACAUACAAAUAUUUAGUUAUUGCGGUUGUAGCGAAAAGGUUUGUACUCGGAACUGAGUGAUAUCCGAUGAUGUACCCAGCCUCAGCUGAAUCUUUAAAUUAGGCUACAAUCCUGGGGAACAAGAACCGGAAAACACAUGAACGCCUGUGUUCCACAUGUCUGCUGAAAUGGAAGGACUGUGACUAUAACUGAUCAUGGAGUACACCACCUCAACAGGGGAGCAGAUAGUCGUGCAGACGUCCAAUGGACAGAUCCAACAACAGACUCAGGGCACAAUGACGGCUGUGCAGCUGCAGACCGAGGCGCCGGUAUUGACGGCCUCUGGCCAGCAGGUGCAGACACUCCAGGUCCAAGGCCAGCCCCUGGUGGUGCAGGUGAGCGGAGGGCAGCUGAUCACAUCGUCAGGGCAACCAAUCAUGGUGCAGGCUAUGGGGGGAGGACAGGGACAGACCAUCAUGCAGGUGCCUGUGUCUGGAGGACAGGGACUACAACAGAUCCAGCUACAGGGUGGACAGCAGAUCCAGCUGCAGAACGGUCAGACGAUCCAUCUAGGGGGACAACAGAUCCAGCUGCAGAACGGACAGAUGUUACAGCUCGGGGGACAGCAGGGUCAACCCCAACAGAUCAUCAUCCAACAGCCACAACAAGCCAUCACAGCCGGACAGAACCAGGGCCAGCAGAUUCAGUUGCAACAGGGCCAGCAGAUUCAGUUGCAACAGGGCCAGCAGAUUCAGUUGCAACAGGGCCAGCAGAUUCAGUUGCAACAGGGCCAGCAGCUGGCGCAGACGGCUGAUGGACAGACCAUCGUCUACCAGCCAGUCAACGCAGAUGGCACCGUCCUGCAACAGGGAAUGAUCACCAUCCCAGCAGGCAGCCUGGCGGGGGCCCAAAUGGUGCAGACAGGGGGUGCCAACACCACCACUACCAACAGUGGACAGCAGGGCACUGUGACCGUCACCCUGCCAGUCUCAGGCAACAUGAUGAACGCUGGUGGCAUGGUCAUGAUGAUGCCUAGUGGAGGUGCGGUGCCUGCUAUGCAACGUAUCCCUCUACCCGGGGCUGAGAUGUUAGAAGAGGAACCUCUGUAUGUCAACGCUAAACAGUACCAUCGCAUCCUGAAGAGAAGACAGGCCCGAGCCAAGCUGGAGGCAGAGGGCAAGAUCCCUAAAGAGAGGAGGAAAUAUCUGCAUGAGUCCCGUCACCGCCACGCCAUGCAGCGCAAGAGGGGAGACGGAGGACGCUUCUUCUCUCCCAAGGAGAGGGAGGAGAUGGCCCUGGCUCUGGCCCAGCAACAGGCAGAGCUGGCCGCCCAGGCAGGAGAAGACUCUGUAGCUCAGAUGGUCCGUGUUUCAUAGCAUUCGACACCCCGACAAUGUCUUCCUCCGUAUAUACACCUCUCGCUAGGCUUGGCCGAUAAACCGUGUACCGGGGUGUUUCCAAAUACCGACAGUAUGAUUUUCAAUACCGUUUAAAAAAUAUAUAUAAUAAUAUUUUUGUUUUGGGGGGUGCAUGCUACAGCACUGCUUAGAAAUAUCAAAUGUGUCAAAUAAAUGAUAUCCUAUUCAGAGCUCCAGCUAUGCAUUUGGUUUGCUAACUUGCUCGCUAAGUGGCUAGAUGUCAAGAUCAAGCUUCUUGGUUACUGCAAAGACAGUCAAUCCCAUCCUGGAUCAAGAACCCUCAACCCUCUUGCCUAAAUUGUUUAUUGCGUAAUUAUAUAUAUAUAUAUAAUACAUACAUACAGUGGGGCAAAAACGUAUUUAGUCAGCCACCAAUUGUGCAAGUUCUCCCACUUAAAAAGAUGAGAGAGGC